AUGGCUUUGGGGUGUUUGCAAGAGUUUCAGGUGGCGAAUCGGAUUGGGAACGGGGAGAAAGGCGGAGUGGGGUCAUCCAAGGGAGGGUAUGGAAUAAUAGUGAGGGGUGAUACAGGUUGUUUUGUGGCUGCUGCUAUGGGAGUAUCAUUGGGGUGUUCUAGUCCUGCGGUGGCGGAGUCGAUGGCAUUGCGACGGGGGAUGCAAUUGGGGCUUCAUUUGGGCUUGACAUCAGUUGUGAUGGAGAGUGAUUCUCAAUCUAUAAUCAGUAUACUCAAUGACCAAAUUGAAGUUAGUCAAGAUGUGUGCGUUGUUCUGAAUGAUGUGAGGGCAUUAGAAAAGAAUUUUCAUAAUUGCAUUUUUUCUUUCUCUAAGCUCUCUGCUAACAAUGUAGCGCAUGUUUUGGCUUGUAAGGGUUUAGUGGGUGAGGGGUAUAGUUUUUGGACUGAGUCCCUACGUGAAUUCUUGAUCCCUUAUUAA